AUCAGAGACCAAAUUCUACUUUGCAAUCCGUCCUGAAUGGCGAAAGGAAUUAGUUCCUUGAAAAUCAGAGAACUGGAGAAUCUCUUUUUACCCAUUUUGCGGAAUUGCAAGAAUACUGAAGAAUUGAAGAAAAACCAUGCUCUUAUUAUCAAGUACUCUUUGUCACAGAGUAAUUUCCUUGUGACAAAAAUGGUAGAAGUUUGUGAUAGCAGUAAGGAUAUGGAUUAUGCAGACUCGCUGUUUAAAGAAGUUAAAGAACCGAACGCCUACUUGUACAAUGCAAUGAUAAGAGCAUCUGCACAUAAUUCUAUGUAUAGCUUUACGAUUGCUGUUUAUAAGCAAAUGCUAUGGCAAAAUUCCUCAAGAGGUGAAAACGCCAUUUCUCCUGAUGAAUUUACUUUCCCAUUUGUAGUAAAAUCUUGUGCAAGGCUUGCGUGCCACAAUUUAGGCAAGCAAGUCCAUGCCCAUUUCCUCAAAUUUGGGCCAAAGUCUCAUAUUAUUACAGAGAAUGCGCUGAUUGAUAUGUAUACGAAGUGCGAUAAUUUGUUUGAUGCGCAUAAGGUGUUUGAUGAAAUGGAUGAAAGAGAUGCAAUUUCAUGGAAUGGUAUUAUUUCUGGGCAUGUUAGAAUGGGUCAAAUGAGAAAGGCCAGAGUUAUGUUUGAUGGAAUGCCUAACAGGACUGUAGUGUCUUGGACGGCGAUGAUUUCUGGGUAUAAUCGUAUUGGGUCUUACUUGGAUGCAUUAGAUAUGUUUCGUCAAAUGCAAGUUGUUGGAAUCGAGCCUGACGAGGCGAGUAUUGUUUCUGUCUUGCCAGCGUGUGCUCAGCUAGGAGCUCUAGAGGUUGGUAAAUGGAUACAUAUAUAUUGUGAUAAAAAUGGGUUAUUAUCGAGAACUUGCAUAUGCAAUGCUCUGAUUGAAAUGUACACAAAGUGUGGUUGUAUUGCCCAAGCUUGUCAGUUGUUUGAUCAAAUGCGUGAAAGAGAUGUCAUUUCUUGGAGUACAAUGAUUGCGGGGCUAGCAAAUCAUGGGCAAGCUCGUGAAGCAAUUGCAAUGUUUGAAAGAAUGAAAGAAGCAAAAAUUGAACCAAAUGGUAUUACCUUUGUUGGUCUUUUAUCAGCCUUUGCUCACGCUGGUUUCUGGAAGGAGGGGUUGAUGUAUUUUGAUAUCAUGAGGAAAGAUUUUCAUAUAGAGCCAACAAUUGAGCAUUAUGGUAGUUUGGUUGAUCUUCUUGGACGUGCAGGACGCCUUAGUCAGGCUCUGGGCAUUGUAGAGAAGAUGCCUAUGAAGCCAGAUUCAAAGAUAUGGGGUUCUUUAUUAAGUUCUUGCAGGACUUACUGUAAUAUUGAAAUUGCUGUUACUGCGAUGGAGCACCUAGAAGAGCUUGAACCAGAUGAUGCAGGGAAUUAUGUUUUGCUUUCCAAUAUAUAUGCAGAUCUUGGCAAGUGGGAGGAGGUGUUGAGGAUGCGGAAACUUAUAAGAAGUACGCGCAUGAAGAAAACUCCUGGGUGCAGUUCAAUUGAGAUCAACAAUGUUGUUCAAGAAUUUGUAUCAGGGGAUAAUUCAAAGCCAUUUUCAAAAGAGAUUUUCUGGUUGCUGGAGUUGCUGGCUUUUCAUCAGGACAUACUUGAACGUAUAAUUGAAAUAUUGCCAGAGGAUGUAUGUUAACGAACAGUUUAGAGUCAACAAGCUUUGGUGCCAAGAGUUUAAAGAUGAGAAGCUUUUGGCGGCAAAUGAUUUUGUAGUUGCAAACAUUAAAUAGAUAUACCAUUUUCAAAGGAAAGAAUCAUUUGUUUCUCCUAGGUUACUUGCCAAAUGGCAAAGUCUUUUCUAUGCAUCAGAUUAAAGCCACUUGCAAAUUAAUGAUGAUUGAAAGCAGAAUUUACGUUCAUAUAACAAAAUUAUCAGAAUUAUUUUUGUGAACUACACGGGUAUGUACUAGAAAAAAUCAUAAAUUUAUUUAGCAACCAGAGAGUCACCGAAAAAAGGUCUUGUUCAAGGCACAAUCAACAGUAUCAAUAUGAAACAAUACAUGUUCAAACAAA